ACGGUCUGGAGCCGGAGAUGUGAUGGGAACCUCGAGAGUUUGAGGCCUAAGCUAGCACGGGCUAACAGCACUUCCCGCAAAAUGCUGGUGGCUAGCCAAAGGGUUUUGCGCUUCACGCAAUUCACUUCUAACCCUGACGCCAGACCUUCAUCACCUCGUUUCGGUCUUUUGCAACCUUUCCGCUUGAACAACCAGCUUCGUAGUUCAAUAGCGGCUCAAUUCGUUCUAGUGAAAUUCAGCCCUGAUGUAUCGCCGUGAUAGGCCAGUAGAAGACCGUGUGGACACCUCAUCAACAAGCAUGGAGUUCCCUCAGCAGCCGAAAACGGCGGGGGACGGGAAAAUCGUCUACCCCCCUGGAGUAAAGGAGAUAACUGAUAAAAUUAGCAACGAGGAGGUGGUGAAACGUCUCAAGAUGGUUGUCAAGACAUACAUGGACAUGGAUCAGGAUUCUGAAGAGGAGAAGCAGCAGUACCUUGGCUUGGCCCUUCAUCUUGCAUCAGAGUUCUUCCUCAGGAACCCCAAUAAAGAUGUGCGGUUACUAGUUGCCUGCUGCCUAGCCGAUAUCUUCAGGAUCUAUGCACCUGAGGCGCCGUACACCUCUCAUGAUAAACUCAAGGAUAUUUUCCUUUUCAUCACCAGACAGCUGAAAGGGUUGGAAGACACCAAAAGCCCGCAGUUCAACAGAUACUUUUACCUGCUGGAGAACCUAGCGUGGGUGAAAUCAUACAACAUUUGUUUUGAACUGGAAGACUGCAACGAGAUCUUUAUUCAACUGUUUAAAACCCUUUUUUCUGUCAUAAAUAACAGCCAUAACCAGAAAGUGCAGAUGCACAUGAUGGAUCUGAUGAGUUCUAUCAUCAUGGAAGGAGAUGGUGUCACACAGGAACUGCUGGAUACCAUCCUCAUUAACCUGAUCCCUGCACACAAGAAUCUGAACAAGCAAGCUUAUGACCUCGCAAAGACUCUGCUGAAGAGGACUGUGCAGACUAUAGAGACUUGCAUCGCAAAUUUUUUUAAUCAGGUUUUGGUGAUGGGCAAGUCGUCAGUCAGUGACCUGUCAGAGCAUGUCUUUGACCUCAUUCAAGAACUCUUCUCGAUUGAUCCUAUGCUGCUGACCUCAGUCAUGCCACAGCUGGAAUUCAAACUCAAGAGUAAUGAUGGAGAGGAGCGUCUAGCAGUUGUGAGGUUGCUCGCAAAGCUGUUUGGGGCUAAAGAUUCGGAGCUUGCUUCACAGAACAGACCUCUUUGGCAAUGCUUCUUAGGGAGGUUUAAUGACAUACAUGUUCCAGUUCGACUUGAGUGUGUAAAAUUUGCAAGCCACUGCCUCAUAAACCACCCAGACCUGGCAAGAGACCUCACUGAGUUUUUGAAAGUGCGCUCCCAUGAUCCAGAGGAAGCCAUUCGCCAUGAUGUCAUUGUCACCAUCAUAAAUGCUGGGAAGAGAGACCUGAAUCUGGUUAAUGAUCAGUUGUUAGGAUUUGUAAGGGAAAGGACCUUGGACAAAAGGUGGCGUGUGCGUAAGGAGGCUAUGAUGGGUCUGGCUCAGCUUUACAAGAAAUACUGCCUGCACCAUGAAGCUGGGAAAGAGACUGCCCUCAAAAUUAGUUGGAUUAAAGACAAGUUGCUGCAUAUCUACUAUCAGAACAGCAUUGAUGACAAAUUACUAGUGGAAAAGAUCUUUGCCCAGUACAUGGUCCCCCACAGCCUGGACACGGAAGAGAAGAUGAAGUGUCUCUAUUAUCUGUAUGCCUGUCUGGACACAAACGCUGUCAAGGCUCUGAAUGAGAUGUGGAAGUGUCAGAACAUGCUCAGAGGUCUGGUCAAAGAGCUGCUUGACCUUCACAACCUCCCUGUGUCUGAGGCAAAUAACACUGCUAUGUUUGGCAAGCUGAUGAAUAUCGCAAAGAACCUUCCUGAUGCAGGAAAAGCUCAGGACUUCAUGAAAAAGUUCAACCAGGUGCUUGGUGAAGAUGAGAAACUCCGAGCACAACUGGAUGUACUCAUCAGUCCGACAUGUUCCUGCAAGCAGGCUGAACUCUGCGUGAGGGAGAUCACCCGGAAGCUAACAUUCCCCAAACAACCCACCAACCCCUUUCUGGAGAUGGUCAAGUUCCUGCUGGAACGCAUCGCUCCUGUUCACAUUGACUCUGAGGCUAUCAGCGCUCUGGUUAAACUGCUGAACAAGUCUGUUGAGGGCACGGCAGACGAUGAUGACGAGGGCGUGACACCUGACACGGCCAUCCGUGCAGGACUAGAGCUCCUCAAGGUCCUGUCGUUCACCCACCCUACGUCAUUCCACUCGGCAGAAACUUACGAGUCUUUACUUCAGUGUUUGAAGAUGGAAGACGACAAAGUGGCUGAGGCCGCCAUCCAAAUAUUUCGGAACACAGGUCAAAAGAUCGAGACAGAACUUCCGCAAAUCAGAUCCACUCUCAUUCCCAUCCUGCAUCAAAAAGCCAAGAGGGGGACGCCUCACCAGGCCAAGCAGGCUGUACACUGUAUCCACACUAUCUUCAACAACAAGGAGGUGCAGCUUGCCCAGAUAUUUGAGCCUCUGUCACGGAGUCUGAAUGCAGAUGUGCCUGAGCAACUCAUCACUCCGCUCGUGUCCUUGGGCCACAUCUCCAUGUUGGCUCCAGAUCAGUUUGCUUCACCAAUGAAAUCUAUUGUCGCCAACUUCAUCGUCAAGGACUUGCUCAUGAACGACAGGUCGAUUGGAAACAAGAAUGGAAAGCUGUGGACCACUGAUGAGGAGGUGUCACCUGAGGUUUUAGCCAAGGUGCAGGCCAUUAAACUGCUGGUGCGCUGGUUGUUAGGAAUGAAAAACAACCAGUCAAAAUCCGCAAACUCCACCCUGCGCCUGCUCUCUGCCAUGCUGGUCAGUGAGGGUGACCUUACAGAGCAGAAGAAGAUCAGUAAAUCGGACAUGUCCAGGUUGAGACUGGCUGCAGGAGGAGCCAUCAUGAAGCUGGCGCAGGAGCCCUGUUACCAUGACAUCAUCACCCCAGAGCAGUUCCAACUGUGUGGACUUGUCAUAAACGACGAGUGCUACCAGGUCCGUCAAAUCUUUGCUCAGAAGUUGCAUGUGGCUCUUGCCAAACUGGCGCUGCCUUUGGAGUAUCUGGGGAUCUUUGCUCUGUGUGCCAAAGACCCAGUGAAGGAGCGCCGUGCCCACGCCCGACAGUGCCUGCUCAAAAACAUUUCAGUCCGCAGAGAGUAUAUCAAGCAAAACCAAAUUUCUCAGGACAAACUUGUCUCCUUCCUACCCGAGUACGUUGUUCCUUAUAUGAUCCACCUUUUGGCUCAUGACCCGGAUUUCACAAAACCACAGGAUUAUGAUCAGCUCAAAGAUGUGAAAGAGUGCCUGUGGUUCAUGUUGGAGGUGCUGAUGACCAAGAACGAGAACAACAGUCACGCUUUCCUCCGAAAGAUGGUCGAGAAUAUCAAACAGAGUAAAGACGCACAGUGUCCCGAAGAUGCAAAAGCCAAUGAGAAGCUCUAUGUGGUCUCUGAUGUGGCUCUCUUCGUCAUCGCCAACAAGAGCACUGCCUGUCACUUGGAUUCACCAAAGGACCCGGUUCUACCCUCAAAGUUCUUUCUAUUGCAGGACAAGGACUUCAAAAAUGAUAAAGAAUAUCUGUCGGCAGAGAUGAAACAAACGCUGCUCACUGGAAAGCCCAAACCGGCCCCUGUGUUGGCGACGGUGAACAAAACUAUAAUGGUACAAGGGAGAAAGAUCUUUAAGACCACCACCAUCACCACGGACACCACCAGUAACACCAGCAGCAACUCGUCUCCACUCAGCUCCUCAGCCAUCAACAAGAACAGUAAAAGCGUGACACAUGCAGAGUCGAUGGCUAGUCAGACUAGGGAAAACAAUGAGAACCCUGUGAUCAAGAAGGUGGAGGUGAAGAAGGUGGAGGUGAAGAAAGUGGAGGUGAAGAAGAUGCAGGCUGUGGACGGGGUGCAAGGUGAAAAACCACCUGCCAAAAGACGAGGCCGCCCACCCAAAACUCCGACAGGAGCCGACAAGGCUGGAGGAGCUGCCACGCCGACCGCCACUGGCGCUGGCCGAGGCAGGAAGCGGGCAGCUGAGUCCAACUCUUCAGCAGAUGCCACCAAGAUUUCAAAACUGCAGCAAAACGAGGAAGGGACAAAUCGACAGAUGGACUUGCAGAGGUAAAGCGACUGCUGAGAACAUGCUGUUUGGAGAGCGGGCGGACUCUUCCUCAUACUGCCCAACUCUUUGUACCACAACUCUUAAAACUUUCCGGGACACAUGGACCUUUCUUACACACAAGCAACCAUACAUACAUACACACGCACACACACACACACACCACUGACAUCCUAGUUGGUUUUAAACACCUUGUAGUUAACAAUUGAAGCCCGUUGUAUGUAGGUCUUACUACUUAUAAGUUCCUUUCAUGUCUCCUUUCGCUUCUUUUUUGGAGCAUUUUUAAGAAAAAGAAAAGCUGACAAUUUUACAAAGGUUUUAAUCUGGAUACGAUUGAUGCUUAUUAAAUUUGUUGAGAGGAAAAAGUCUGCCUCCUGAUGUUUCCCUCGUCUUGCAGAGCCACAGAUGCGACCUGUAACAGUGAUGCAUAUCAGAUCAUCCAUCCUGUGUGAGGUGGAAAAAGGACUUGGAUCAAAUUUGAUUUAAGAUUUUUAAUCAAACAUGACGGUGUCACAAUAAAUAACCAUGCUUUUUAUACAGGUGAUGCUUGUUUCCACUGAAACAAGAAUAUAAAUCUCAAUCCGACAGAAAUGCAAGAGACCGUUCAUUUCUGCUUCAUCAUCGUGCAAAACGGUUUCUACACUUUCCUUUUCUUACAAAAUAUAGAUCCUGCCAACGGUGCACUCUUAAGUGAGAACAUGGCUCUUCAUCAAAUCCCUAUUUACAAGGAAACGGUGUGAUGUCAUCAAGUGUCGCCUAGAUUACAGUACAUCUUUGAUAUGUUGAAUGAAAACAUGUCAUGCAGGGUUUCAGCCUCCACUCCAAAAUCAGAGUUUGAUUUGGCCGAGCAGUAAAGCAAGUUUGGAUGAUAAGAUAUUGCAGCGUCACUGAAAUCCAACAUCUGGACAC